AUGAAAACAUUGCUGGGAAAGUGCGACGAUGAUCAAUCUAUACCUGUUGCCUGUUGCCUCGUUGACCUAAGGAACAUCCAAAACCCUAUUCUGUUUGUGGUGGAAUAUUUGCAAGUACGUACCGAGGCAGGGAACACACCAGACUCUGCUCAAUUUAAGACACGAGAGAAAGAGCGUACGCGUAAUAAUCGUUUAGAAAAAGGUAGCCAGAAAGGAAUAAAAAACCUUCGUAGAAAGUACAUGUCUAGCAUGGAGAUAGGUGGUGAAAAAGAGCAGUUCAACAAAUAUGCUUUUGCAUGUGUUUUAGUAGCUUCCAUGAUAUCCAUUAUAUUUGGAUAUGGUAAUAUUUUCUCUUUACUGGUUUAA